UGUAAUACCUUUUGUAAACACUGUUGUAUUGAAAAUCUAUUUGCGUAUUUGAAUAUAUUUAUAAAUAAAAUUGCUUAUCUUUUUAUCGAUAAGAAAGAUAUACUUGAUUUUAAUCAUUAAUUCAAUCGUAAAAUUAAUUAUGGCUUCUGACAAAUCUGGCAACGCAAGUAAUUCGCAUCCAUCGAAUGUUCAAAUAAAAGUAGAACCUGGAACAUCUAUGCCUGUACCUGUAAAAAACAUUAAAACAGAACCCGGUUUAUCUACUACGACGAGAUUAACCUCUUUUCGUCUACCAAGAGACCUAACAUUGGGAGGUAACAUUAAGACUGAGAAACCGAAGAAAGUAUAUAUACCAAAUUUAAAUGCCCAGAGAACAAAGAAGAAGGAAGACGGGAUACAAAAUGAUUCUGGAAAAUCAAGUAGAGGUAGAGACCAUAAUAGAGGACGUGGUAGAGGCGGUGCAGAUAGAGGUCAUGACAGAGGACGUGGAAGAGGAUCUAGCAAUUUGAUUCAAUCUAGUGGUGUCUGGUCUACUGGAAUAACAAGUACACCAGCAAAACGCUACAGCAGUGGUUCUAGUGAGAGUGAUAGAAGUUCUCAAGUCUGUCUAGAAAAACCAAAAUUAAAUUUGAACCAUAGCAUUGAUAAAGUUGAAGAGGAAGAAAAAGUAAAGCAAUUAAUAAGAGAUGACUUUAUCGAUGAUGGAGAACCUGUGAAUCUAGAUAAUUGUCCUGUUAUAUUGCCAAUGAAAAAAGAAGCAAAGCUGUAUGAGGAAGAAACUAAAGUUAAACUAGAACAAGAAGAAGAAGAGGUAGAUAGAAAACCAAUUAUUCUGGAAAAUGGAGAUGUAUUACCGCCAAAGAAGGAAUCUAAAUUUAAAAUACCUAAAUUGGCAACAGAGGUAAAAGAUGAAUUUUCAGAGAGCCUUCCUAAGAUUAUUGAAAAUAAAGCAAACUCGUAUAUCUUAAUGCAGUUUCCAGAUUGUUUGCCAGGUUUAGAAGGAAGUGCAGAAGACACUAGACCAAAUCGAUCAAACACUGCAAAUUACGAGAAAGAGAAUGAAACUAAAUCCGAAACGGAAUUUUGUACAUUAAAUAGUCUAAAACAUGGUGUUCUAGGUAAAUUACAAAUUUUGAAAUCAGGCAAAGCGCGCUUAUUAUUAGGAGAAAAUAAUUUAAUCGUUGAUGUUGGGUCGCAUCCUAGUUUUCGGCAAGAUCUAAUUGCAGCGAAAGUGGACACCGAAGCUUCAAGUGGUGAUUUAAUUAAUUUAGGUCCAGUGCGUAAUACGCUUAUAUGCUCGCCUGAUUGGGAAUCAAUGUUAAUCAAAUUGUAAAUUUAUACAAAUUAUAAAUUGUAAUAUAAAUAGAUUUAUUAAAUGUUCUGUAUUAUGUAGAACAUAUAAAUUGAUGAAUCAUGUAUUAUAUAAAAUAUAA